AUGUCUUCAUACACCACAAUGGAUGAGUCUUUCACAAACGAGAACGAGAUCUACUACGCAAAUUCAAAUUUCUCAAAUUACCCAAUGUUCACAGAACAGGAGCUGUAUUGCUUCUUGCCCGCCGAGCAGAACAUAUAUCAGAAUACGGAUGGAGCAGUGUACCCCCAGUUUGCGACGGGAUAUUACGACAAUGGGAUUGUCCCAAUGCAGGAUUGUUAUUCAAUGGGGAUUCAGGAUGGAUAUAUGAGUGCGGAGGAGGAUGCAUUUAGUUGCCAGCCCAGCCCGUUUCUCGAGCAGCAGUACCCCAGAUCUUCGUUCAUGAACAACAAUGGGUCUCCAAUCACCCCUUCAGGAUCGCCUCUUGCGUCGGAGAUCGAAUAUUAUCACAACUCAGUACCCUCGUAUAUGCUUGUUCCCGGAUAUCAGAAUGACCAGGUUCAAGAGUACAACAGCUAUGAUGUCCCUGCAGCCUUCAAUUCGUCUUCUGUCCCCUCGUUGGCCAGCAGCAUCAGCUCCCAGGAUACCAUCUUGGAUUCACCCUGCAUGUCUUCCCCAGCAUUGGGCAGCCCUGGAUCCGAUGGCGACGAGGAUGAGGAUGAGGAAUAUGAGAACGACUUGUCUCUCCUGCCCAACCAGGGCAACAAGGAGCUCAGGGGAAUGGGCCUUUACGACUCGCCUCCAGAUCUUCUUUACACCAACUGUUCCACACCUACAGGGUGCUCGCCUGUCUCGCCUCACGCCACAUUGGGAAAGGGAUUGGUUUUGGAGAGGAGCUUUGGGUUGCCGGAUGAGAUGAUGAUCAAGGAUGAGUCAUCGGGGAAGAUUGUCAAGGGAAAGCUUGAGGCCGAGGAGGACGAUGAGGAGCCAAUGAUGUACGAUGAGGAGGAGUGUGGAGAAUGGGAUGGCACUUACCAAAACACCUUCCAGCCACAGUACGAUAUUUCUUUUUAUGCUUCUCAGACUAAUAGAGGGUGGUAA